CAAGGGGCAAGGGGAGGCUGUGCUGUUGGGAGUCUGGCUUUGAGAUGAUGUUUUCUGGUCCAACGGUGACUGAGAGCUUCCUUUCAAACAGGAUGUGACUUCAUGCAGCAAAAGUGAAAAUAAGACACGGGGAAACAGGAACAACAGAUUUCUGUGUACAGAAACGAAGCACACCAGACAAACUAUCACUGAGGAAUAAGAGACUCUCUGUGAUGUCGGGACGCGGGACGCGGGACGAGAGGGUCUCUCUGCGACUCUCUACCACACAGGAAAAUCACGUACCAAAGGAACUGAUCAGCUGAUGGAGUCCAUCAUCAGUGGAGUUUGAGGCUUAUGUGUCAUUGAAGUUGGGUCUGUGUGCUGAACAAACAGUCAGAACAUGGCCUGUACAACACAGUCUGCCUUAGACUAUGUCAAGCAGGCAAGAGUCCACCUGGUGGGAGAAUUAAAGAGUCUCUCAGUGAUUGUGGAGAACUUGUAUCAGCGAGAAGUUCUCACUGAUGAAGAGGUCAGCAAGAUACAGGCAGAGACUGAUGACUAUGAUAAAACCAGACAUAUACUGGACUCAGUCAUAAAAAAAGGCGAAGCAGCUUGUUACGAGUUCCUCAGGAUCAUUGACAUGACGAGGAGGAGGACCUUAGGGAGGCCGCCCCUCCCCCCUGAGAAAAAGGGUGGAGCUUUUAGUGAGACCAAGACGUUUGACCUGCACCACUGGAUCAGCUGCUAUCCUUUCAAAGAAGACACACACAUGGAUAUGAACUAUUUACAAGGUCCCAUGCCGUGCCACAGAUAUCAGGCAAAGCUGAAGGAAAAAGCAGAAAGAAUAUCAAAUAAGUUUUGGAUGGCAAACAAAAAUCUGUUUGAAGGAAGCAACAAGCCUGAUCUGUCAUACACAUCACUUGUAUUAGACACACAAGGAAACGUCUCUCCGUCUAAAAUAAAGAAAUUGAAGAGCAAGAAAAGCAAGAUGAGUCGCCCUAAAAAGCUAAGGACAUACAUCCCUGAGGACAAACCAGAAAUUUCCCCCAGUGACCUGCUGAAAACAGAUAAGAGCAUAGUGUUGGUUGGUAAGCCUGGAAUUGGAAAGACGGCACUCACUCAGGAAAUGUUGAAACUCUGGGCAGAAGGAGACAGUGAAGAGCUAAAUUACAUGUUUUACUUUGGCAUGAGGGAAACAUCCCAAUUCACAGAGAACAUGAGCUUGGAGGAUCUUCUUUUUAAUGUGUUCAGUGAACCAGUCACAGGCAAAGAAGAGGUCUUAAAUGAUAUAAAGAAUAACUCUGAUAAUGUUACUGUCAUUUUUGAUGGAAUCACAGACCUGUCUUCAUCAGUGGUGCAGAGACUUGUAGAGAAAGACCUACUACCUGAUGCAAAAAUCAUCAUAACGUGCAGACCAGAUGACGAGGAGCUCUUCUUCUCUGGGGACUUUCUGAGAGUGGAAGUGAAAGGCUUUAGUGAGCAGUCCAUAAAAACAUACUUAUCUGCAACACUCGGCGAAGAACAGAAGAAGGUUUUGAGCAACUUGGAGUUGUUAACUCUUUGCCACGUCCCAAUGUAUGCACUGAUGGUGGCUGCCUGCUUUUCUUCAGGAGACCCUCCACAGCCCUGCACUAUAACUGAAGUAUACAUCCAUAUUGUUCGUUUUUGCCUUGAAAUGAACAGCAACAAAACAAAAACAGGGGAUCUAAAUUCCUUCAUCACCAAUAAGGGGAAGGAAAUACUGUCUUUGGCUCAGGUUGCUUUUGAUGCAACCGAAGGAAAAACGGUGAACUUGACAGACCUGGCCUGUAAAGACAGCUGCGUCCUUUCCUUCCUGAAACCACUUGUUAUCAAAGUCGCCCUUACUGAGAGAGAGACCACAUAUGCAUUUCUCCAUUACACAAUGCAGGAGUUUUUUGCAGCACUGUGGCUCUUGAAGAAUCCAGACAAAGUGAAGGAUGUUUUUCAGCAAUGCCUGACUGAGGAGAAGAAACACAUGAGACAUCUGAUCCCUUUCAUGUGUAGAUUGUUGAAUGAGAAGAAACCAAGUUUGAUGAAGUGUCUGAUUCCAGCUGAGGAGCUCAAGAAUACACCUAUAUGGUUCUGUAAGGAAGUGAUAACCACAUCUUUUCAUGGUCUGUGCGAGAGAGAUGAGUCUGACACUGAGGACAGUGGGUCUGAUGUGGACAUACUGUUCUUAUGUCAGUGCUUGUAUGAGUCCCAGUGUCCUGAAGCCUGCAUCUACCUUCUGGACAAACUGAGCUACUGUCUGGAUCUCACUGAACAGAGCCUCGAUCCUUGCUCUUGCUGUGCUGUGGCCUAUGUGGUCACUCAGUCAAAGGAGAGGAAAAUACAGCUGAACCUUGAAGACAUCAUGGUAUCAGAACAAGGAAUGAGACGACUGUUUGGAUGCCUUGCAAACGUCCAGUGGUGUGACCCGCUUCCACGGCAGAUGUGGAAGAUUUUCCUUCUCAGUGAAGGGCAGAUGGACCAUGUCAGCUUACUCAGCCUUGAUGGAAAUCAGCUGCACCUUCCAGUUGAGGGUAAAAGACAGCUGUUCGAAAGAGCUGUAAAAGUCAUGCAGAAGAUUACUAUUAAGGUUAAUGUCUGCCUGUACUGGGACAGAGUGACUUCUGUCUCUCCAAGUCUGUGUGAGUCCCUCUUAGAGGCUUUGCCCUACAUCAGCUCACUCAGCUUCAGGACAACCUACAGAGGUCUGGGAUUACAGGACCAGGACCAAUGCCAUGGGAAACUGCGUAGGGAAGAAAAGGGGCUGUUGCUGGACCUUUGCCUGAAAGCAGCACUACACAAAGGAGAAAUCUUUCAAAUCAGCUCCUCCAGUCUGGAUCAUAGACCUCUCAGAGAGAAAAACCUCCAUCCUCCUGGAAGUGCUGAAACUCCAAUCAGAGAAGAAACAAGUGGAGCUGACAGGCUGGUCACAUGAAGAGAGUGAAGUGAGGAGUUUCCUGCAGUGUGUGCCUUAUAUCUCACAGCUCAGUUUUGUGCCACGGUCAUCAGAUCGUUCAGAAGAGACUAGGUUCUUUGUGAUUCUGUUGUGUGCAGCAGCAAAGAGAGAACAGCAGACAGGAGAGAAGAUACUGGAGAUGUUAUCAUCAGUGUGCAGAUACAACACA